UAAUGUCGGAUGAUGAGGAAGACAUGGGAGGAAAUGCACAGGCUGACGACCAGGGAGAAAAGAGAGAAACCUUAUCUAGAGAAACUCAUUUUGAAGUGAGGGAUGACCGUGACAGUGGAAGACUAGAUGGAGUUAGACACAGGAGACCACAGGAGGGUCUGGAGGGUGAAGACAUGCUCAACACGUCAUAUCACGCUCAGAUGUAUAAACAUGAAGUCAGCAACAUGCAUCCUCAGCAGGUUCAUGUUGGCAUGCAGAAAGAUGAGGAAAGAAUGGAUGGAAAUAGAGACGAGGAUGGAAAUCUCGACAGGGAUGCAGAGCAUCAGGACAACGAAAGAUUACAUGAUGUUAGACCGAACAUGUGUGAAGAUCUGGGGGGUAAACAGGAAGUUGGACAAGAUUAUGACCUAAAACCUGUUAGUGUGGACAAACAUGGAGAUGGGGAGAGGACGGAAAUAGAUGAUCAGGUUGACAAGGACAGAAAAUCAGGGAGAGGAAAGCUCCUCAAAAUAACUGAGCUCUACUAUGAUGACAUUCAACGCAAUGGUGGUGGUAGUAAAUACAACAUGCCUAAAGAUAAUCAGAGGUGUAAAGGAGAAAUUAGUAGCAGGUUUUAUCAAAGACAUGAGCAACCGAGGGAUGUGAAGGGAGACGAGCAACAAAAGAGAGAGGAUGAUAAACAUGCACAAAGGAAAGGAACAUCAGAGAGAUUAGAUGAUGUUAGACAGAACAGAUCAGAGCAUGUUUCAACACAUAAAGAUGCAGCGAAACAAGCCAAAGAGCAGGAAAAGAAAGGAGAUGAUGAACAUCAUCAAAGAAGAGUGGACUCUUCUUUUAGACAAGCAGGAAGCAGCAGAGUGACAGAGAACAGGGGCAGUGUUGAAAAGUGGACAAUGGAAGGAAGACAUGGUUCAAAGCAGUCCAAAACAUUGCAUGUGAAGAUAAUUGAGGAGGAAACCUAUCAGGGUGUUCAAACAAGCAGCGAGACGAAGAACAUAACAAUAGAAACUGUAGCAGGAACUUCACAAGGUGGCAUUACGAGUUUGGUAUAUAAUGAAGGGAGUGUUAAAAGAAAAUCAGAUCCAAAAACAGACCCAAAGGUCAAAUUGGCAGAGGGUGUUGGCAAUUUAAAACUGAAUGACUCACCUUCACCAAAGCCACAGAAACACAGAACCAAAGAAAUGUCUGAUGCACAAAAACAAGCUGUUGGGAAAAAACAUGCAGAGAAAAAAAGAGGUGAGAAGAAAAGACAUUGGUGGUGUCGCUCUUCCCCUCUGAAACAAAACGGAAAGGAAAAACAGAAACGCAACAAAACCACUGGGGUUUUUCCUAUUUUUCGGAAAAGCCGAAAAAAUGCAGACCAGACUUCAGAGUCGGAUUAAAACGAAAUGCAUACUUUGUCCAGGAGAGACAAGACUGCAUGUCAUUGUGGUGAUCCACAAGUUUAUAUUUUUAGUUCUUUAUGAAUGCUUAUUAAUACUUAGCAAUAUUGCACUCGCCAGAGAGCUCUAUAGACAGUAGUGUGAUGUAUAUUGUUUGAGUUUGUGUCUGUUGGUAGCACUAUUUUGUUUGUUGAGUCUGGUUUAGUCUAUUUGACAUCAACACCUUUGCUGGGUUUUAAUGUAAAAUGCAUCACUUCCUGUUUGCUACAGGAUUGUUUCUGUGUAAAGAGCAGCACAUGUUAGAGGUUUAAUGCGAGAGAGGGUUGUUUUAGAUUAAUUGCAUCAGUCUGUAAUAGAAAAUAUAGCAAUGGAAAUUGACUUGUAAUGAAAAAUGUCAAGGCACAUAUAUGUUCAGUCGUUUUGAAAUCAUCAUAUUCACAGCCCGAAUGAUCAAACAUGUUUUGUCUUUUUUUUUUAACAGUGGAAGAAAUGUAUCGACCUAUUACAUUUUAUUUUGAAAAUGUUCUUGUUAAAUUGUUCAGACAUAUAUAAACAGAUGACACUGAAUGUAACAUCUAAUGUGAUUUAAAACAGAUUGUGUGAGGAAAUAAAAAUUCAAAAGGAA